AUGGCCGCUGACGAUACAAAGGACAGGGACAUUGACGCCUUUGCUAAGGAAGAAGAGAGUCUUCGCGAGAGCAAUAGUGAACAAGAUUCUGAGAUGGGUCUCUUAAACGGCUCGCUGCGGUCCAGAUCCAGGAAAUAUUUCUUUAUUUGCAACGAUGGACAGGAGCUGAGACGGAGCCCUAAACAUAAGUGUGCUGCUUGGACUACGUGGGUCAUAUCAUUGAACAUAUUGGUAUUCUGUGGUUCGAUUCUGUUCCUCCUAUCACCGCUAUCUACUCAGUCCUGUAUGCGACAUCUUAGCGAUCAGGAUAAAUGGAAAGCGGCAUCGUACUACGCGCCACUGCUAGAGCGAUUCGACAUUCCACGACUCGUUCUGACAACCAAUGGCUCCUUGUAUGACCCCGAUCCCCCAUCACUCCUACGCAUCCCUCAAGGCGACGAAGCCGACGCAGAAUGGUUCAGAAUCAGUAGUGGCGUCUUCCCGAUCCUCAUCUCGGCAGAAGAGAUCCGUCGUCUCGGCAAGGACCCAGCACUCGCCGUCCGAGUCCCUGAUAAGUUCGGCUUCGGGCCCGAUGCCUACCUUGCCCAGACGGAGGUUUUCCAUCUUCUGCACUGUCUUGAUAUGCUACGCAAGGAGAUCUCCUAUGAGUACUAUUAUUUUCCCAUCUUUGGAAAUAACCCGGAUGCACAGCACACGGCCCAUAUCUCUCACUGCAUCGAUGUCCUGGCCCAGUUCAUAAAAUGUCAAAGUCCCGUUGAUGUGAUCCUUUUCAACUGGGUGGACGGGUGGGACCAGCCAUUUCCAGAUUUCAUGAAUAAGCAUGUCUGUCGCGACUAUGAGGCGCUGCUGGCCUAUGUGAACGAGAACUCGCUCCCAAAGGAGGUGUUUCAGGCAAUGAAAGAGCCGCCGGAUGACUACCCAGUUCAACCGGAUCCUUCAAUUGCGCCCUUCUUACCUACAGCCGGACCUGGGAGAUAA